AUGUAUAUUGAUUAUACCAAUCAUCGUUGUAUAUUGAAUAUAUUCUUCAUAGAUUUAUCAUUAUCACAACACUUGGAUCCGUCCGUGGUACGUGCGUCAAGUAUAACGGUACCCGAUGUUGGCGAAGUUUAUCAUAUCUCCUGUGUGACGUCAGACAGACUGUGGGUCAGUGAGUACAGACGUCUCCUACAGGUGGACUCCACCGGACACGUGAUACAGGAAUUGAAAAUUAUUGUUAGAAGUUAUCUACCCACAGGAACUCACUCCGUCACAGAAGACGGGGACCUGAUAUUUAUAAAUGGAGAUAAGGUUCAGACGAUGACGUUAGGUGGAACCAUCACUACACUCCUCAAGGAACGUGAGCGUCUACUCUGUAUCCACUCAUCCCGCAUUAACGGCGACAUACUGGUUGGUUAUAGAGAUGGAGUGUUCAGGUGUGACUGGAGGGGAAACCAUCGCAUAGAAUUGGAAUAUAGGUUUUAUUAUCCAACAUUUAUCAUAGAAAACAAGAAUGGAGACAUCUGGGUCUCUGAUGGAGAGGGACUAGCAGUGGUUGUGAUGGAUAAAUAUGGAGGAUAUCGGUUUAACUACAGAGGUCAGCACCAGUUUGAAUUUUAUCCCCUUGGGAUUUGUACCAAUAUCCUGGGACAGGUACUGGUGUGUGAUGCAUUUAAUGACAAUGUCCAUCUGUUAGAUCAGGACGGUCACUUCCUGCGCUUCCUACUGACAAAAGAACACGGACUACGCCGUCCCACGGCUCUGUGUGUGGACGACAAACACAACCUCUAUGUGGGAGAAUGGAAUAGUAACACAAUAACAGUGUAUAAGUAUUUACAGGAAACAGAGGAAUCAAAAUCAUCUAUCGUUGAGUCGAAAUAA